UUUUGUUUCGCGUAGGAUUCGUUUACCGCUUUGGUGCCGGAAUGGUGAAAUAUAUUCUACUCAACACCAUAGUGCUAGUUCUAGUGCUUGUAUUCUCCAAUUUGGUCAACGGAUUUCACUAUCGUUCGGCUACGGUUGCAGAAAAGAUAACGAAUCACCAGGAGUUGAUGGGAAAUUUAACCGGAAGCAGGUUCUCCUCUCUUCGGAUACUUGAGUACACGAUUACACCGUACGAUUUGAACCCUGAGUGGAUAAAGCUCGUUGGACGAUAUGUAUUUCUGGCGCCGCGAGAAAACAAUCUCUACUUCGUUGGUUUCGAGGAAAAGAUUUACAAAUCCAACGGAUCGAAAAUUGUCACUGACUUGAUCUCGAAAAAUUUGGUCACAAACAUCUUCAGGGUGCAACGCGAGAAGCUUUCGGUUUUGGAGAAAAUUUAUAAUCUAGAAUAAUGAGAGAUUUUUUGUGUAAAAUAAUCCUUGAAAAGAGAAUCGAAAAUAAAAUAUGAAAU